AGCGAGUCAAGAUGAGAGUUCAGCCGCGGCGGCAGCAGCAGCAGAAUGAGUGAGUUUGAAUAUGAAGUAAGAAGAGCCUAUAUAAGAGAGCUGUUCUGAGGCUGCUGUUUUCCACGAAAGACUCAAGAAUGAACAAUCCGCCAGAAGCCAGUAAACCAUCUAUGGAGAGUGGAGAUGGCAGCACAGGCACACAAAGCAAUGGCCUGGACUUUCAGAAGCAGCCUGUGCCUGUUGGAGGAGCGAUCUCAACAGCCCAGGCCCAGGCCCAGGCUUUCCUUGGACAUCUCCAUCAGGUCCAGCUCGCUGGAACAAGUUUACAGGCUGCCGCCCAAUCUUUAAAUGUACAGUCUAAAUCUAGUGAAGAAUCCGGGGAUUCGCAGCAGCCAAGCCAGCCUUCCCAGCAGCCUUCCAUGCAGGCAGCCAUUCCCCAGACCCAGCUUAUGCUGGCUGGAGGACAGAUAACUGGGCUCACUUUGACGCCAGCUCAGCAACAGUUGUUACUACAGCAGGCCCAGGCCCAGGCCCAGCUGCUGGCAGCUGCUGUGCAGCAGCAUUCUGCUAGCCAACAGCACAGUGCUGCUGGGGCCACCAUCUCAGCCUCUGCUGCCACACCCAUGACGCAGAUCCCGCUGUCUCAGCCUAUACAGAUUGCGCAGGAUCUUCAACAACUACAACAGCUUCAACAGCAAAAUCUCAACCUGCAACAGUUUGUGUUGGUGCAUCCGACCACCAACCUGCAGCCAGCACAGUUUAUCAUCUCACAGACGCCCCAGGGCCAGCAGGGUCUCCUGCAAGCGCAAAAUCUUUUAACGCAACUACCUCAGCAAAGCCAAGCCAACCUCCUACAGUCGCAGCCAAGCAUCACCCUCACCUCCCAGCCAGCAACUCCAACUCGCACAAUAGCAGCAACCCCAAUUCAGACACUUCCACAGAGCCAGACAACACCAAAGCGAACUGAUACUCCCGGCUUGGAGGAGCCCAGUGACCUUGAGGAGCUUGAGCAGUUUGCCAAGACCUUCAAACAAAGACGAAUCAAACUUGGAUUCACUCAGGGUGAUGUUGGGCUCGCUAUGGGCAAAUUGUAUGGAAAUGACUUCAGCCAAACUACCAUCUCUCGCUUUGAAGCUUUGAACCUCAGCUUUAAGAACAUGUGCAAAUUAAAGCCACUUUUAGAGAAGUGGUUAAAUGAUGCAGAGAAUGUCUCAUCUGAUUCUACAGUCUCCAGCCCAAGUGCUGUAAAUUCUCCAGGUUUGGGUGCAGAGGGCUUGAAUCGUAGGAGAAAGAAACGCACCAGCAUAGAGACCAACAUCCGCGUGGCCUUAGAGAAGAGUUUCUUGGAGAAUCAAAAGCCUACCUCGGAAGAGAUCACCUUGAUUGCUGAACAGCUCAAUAUGGAAAAGGAGGUGAUUCGUGUCUGGUUUUGUAACCGCCGCCAGAAGGAGAAAAGAAUCAACCCACCAAGCAGUGGUGGGACCAGCAGCUCACCUAUCAAAGCAAUUUUCCCCAGCCCAACCUCACUGGUGGCAACCACACCAAGCCUUGUGACAAGCAGUACAGCAACUACCCUCACAGUCAAUCCUGUCCUUCCCCUAACCAGUGCUGCCGUGACUAAUCUGUCUCUUACAGGCACUACAGACACCACCUCCAACAACACAGCCACCGUGAUUUCCACAGCACCUCCCGCCUCCUCCACAGUCACAUCCCCAUCCUUGAGUCCCUCCCCUUCUGCCUCCACCUCCACCUCUGAGGCAUCGAGUGCCAGUGAGACCAGCACAACACAGACCACCUCCACUCCUUUGUCCUCCCCUCUUGGGGCCAACCAGGUGAUGGUGACAGCAUCAGGCUUGCAAACAGCUGCUGCUGCUGCUCUCCAGGGAGCUGCACAGUUGCCUGCAAAUGCCAGCCUCGCCGCCAUGGCUGCUGCCGCAGGACUCAGCCCGGGCCUGAUGGCGCCCUCACAGUUUGCAGCUGGAGGUGCCUUACUCAGUCUCAAUCCAGGGACCCUGGGUGGUGCUCUCAGCCCAGCUCUGAUGAGCAACAGUACACUGGCAACUAUUCAAGCUCUUGCUUCUGGUGGCUCUCUUCCAAUAACGUCACUGGAUGCAACUGGGAACCUGGUAUUUGCCAAUGCAGGAGGAGCCCCCAACAUCGUGACUGCCCCUCUGUUCCUGAACCCUCAGAACCUCUCUCUGCUCACCAGCAAUCCAGUUAGCUUGGUUUCUGCCGCUGCAGCCUCCACAGGGAACUCCACACCUGCAGCCAGCCUCCAUGCCUCCUCCACCUCAGCUGAAUCCAUCCAGAACUCUCUCUUCACAGUGGCCUCUGCCAGCGGGGCUGCUUCCACCACCACCACUGCCUCAAAGGCGCAGUGAGUGGGGCGCAGAUGUGGGCUGCCAUGAGCCUUUGUCGCUUUGCAUUGGGCUCAGGCUGCCAGCUGGUUAAUAAACUGAAAAAAAUGUGAUUGGCUUCCUCUCACCAUGUUGUGAGGGCAAGGGAGACAGGGAGAGAAGAAGUACACUUACCGGAAAAAAGAAUGGAGACAGGACAUUUACCUAAUUUUAUAAUAAAACGCUGUCUUUUCAGGAUUGCUUCAUGGAUUGGAGAACUUUCUAACCAAACAUUAAAAAGGA